AUGCUCACGCCGCCGCCCGGCACUAGGCCAUCCACUGCCAGUCCAGCUCCUAGCUUUGCCUCCACUACGUUGCCGAGGUUGACACUGCUGCGGAGGCACGUGUCCUGGCGAGAAAUCAAAGACGGAAACGCGAACAAGACAAUAUCUCGCAGAGGGCAGAGCCUCAUCCAACGAAUUCAAGCAAAAUGGCAUAGAAGCGAGCCGUCAAUAUUACAAAUGAAGCUGUGGAAAACAUGGCGUCUAUCGGUAUACUGCAGGCUCGUACGAGAAUAUUGCAAGGAGACGCGCUCGAUGAUCCGGGGCUCAGUUAUGCCCAUGAUCGUGGUAGAUGUGUGCGCAAAUUUCUUUGCUGAAUUUGACGAGCAUGCCCUAGCAGCAGUCCUUGGACAGGGUCUGCUAUCCAUGACCGCUGCCGGACUCGGCCAAACCAAUUUUAGUGCAAGAAAAAUACUGAUGGACUAUGAUGGCAACGUGAAAAUUGCCCGGGCCGUAUACUCUGAGCAGUGGCAGAAUCAUCCCACCAUGCUGCUACCGCUAGUCCACCAACUGAUGUAUCCGUGGGAUUACGACAGUAGAAUUACAUUUCAGUCUGACAAGUGGUCAAACAAUUCCGAAGCAAUCGACUUCUGCCAAGCAUUGUUGCAGCCCAAUGCAACCAUGGACGACAUGUUGACAUGCGCUGGCCGAAAGGACGGAUUGACGGAGAACGAGGGCCUCCGGCUGCCAGUAUAG